ACGCGUACAUAAAAGCAACGAAAAUUUUUUUUGUAAAAUCUGAAAAAUUGUGAUAAUUAAAAAAUUUAAAUAAAAAACUUGGUGGCUAAAUUUAUUUAAAAAAAAUGUUUAACAGAAUUUAAAAUUUAUUGAAAAAUAAAGACAAAUUUAAUUUUAAGUGCCAAAAAUUAUUAAUAAAAAAUUAAUUAUAAAUAAAAUUUAAAAAAAUCAGAAAUGAAAUUGAAUAUAAAUUUCGCAUUAAUUGUUGUGGCAUGUAUUACAACCACUGUGUUGGCCGAACAACAACAAGCACAAUAUUGUGUUACACCCGAAAACUACAAUGGCUCCUGCGUUGCUUUAAGCUUUUGUCCACAAAUUGCCAAUGUUAUCCAGAGCGGUAGUCAAACACAGGUCCAACAAUAUAUUAUACUAUCACAGAGAGCCUGCGGCACUAGAAGUGUAAAUGGCGAAACAGUGGUCUGUUGCACAAGACCCUACGUUGUACCGCAAGCAACAACACGUCCCCAAAGUCAAACUAUUUGCCGUGGUCCUGACCUCAAAGCGGGUACCUGUAUGCCCAUUAGAGAUUGCAAGCCUUUAGCAGAAGAAUUGCUAGUGAAACAACAAGAUCGAACCUUUGCCAGAUUUUUAAAAGCAUCAAAUUCGAUAUGUGGUGGUGAAGGUACUGCAGUUUGCUGUCCCAGCACCAACAGCCAACCACAAACUUCUACCAAUGCUCCCUUAAUAAAGAAUUCAGAUGAAAUUCCUCAUCGUUUGCCCACCGUUGAGGAGGGUUGUGGUGUAAGCAAUAAUACCUAUAAGCUAAAAGUGGGCGGUGAGCAGAGUAGGAAGGGUGCUUGGCCUUGGAUUGCUUUAAUCGGUUAUGAUGAUGAAUUAUCGACCUCGCCGUUUAAGUGUGGUGGUACCUUGAUAACAGCCAGACAUGUGGUAACAGCAGCUCAUUGUUUGAGAACAGAUUUAUCCUUUGUACGUUUGGGUGAACUUGAUUUAACCACCGAUACUGAGGGCCGUCAUGUGGAUAUACGUGUUGUAAGAAGCGAAAAACAUCCUGAUUAUAGCCCCCAAAGUGGUCAUAGUGACAUUGCUAUUUUAUAUUUAGAACAUAAUGUUGAAUUUACAGAAUUAAUUUCUCCCAUCUGCAUGCCCAUCACUCCCGAAUUAAGACAAAAAUCCUAUGUUCGCUACACUCCCUAUGUCAUAGGCUGGGGUAAAACAAUACAAGGUGGUACCUCAUCCAACGUCCUACAAGAACUACAAAUUCCCAUUUAUGAAAAUCAAGUAUGUAGAGAUCGUUACAAACAACAAAAUCGUAUCUUUGUCGAAAAUCAAUAUGAUAAAGCUGUUUUAUGUGCGGGUGCACUAUCCGGAAGAGAUGAUACCUGUCAGGGAGAUUCUGGUGGUCCUCUCGUGAUACCAGAGAGAUAUGGCUACAAUUACCGUUUCUAUUUAAUUGGUGUUGUUUCGUAUGGUUUUGGUUGUUCUCGUCCCGAAAUUCCUGGUGUCUAUUCGAGUACACAGUAUUUUAUUGAUUGGAUUAUACAAAAAGUAGCUGAUACUCCUUAACUUGUUUUUGGCCUCUAAAAAAAUAUUUUUUUAUGUUUUUUUUUAUAAUUUUAAAUCUUAAUUGUAGUCUAAGUAAUAGAGUGAGAGAUUAUUUAUUUUUGUAAUUUCGUUCGUUUUGAUUAUUAUUAUUUUAAAUUUUUUAAAUAAAUAUUUUUUUAUUUUGUA